AUUAAGAUAUUCUCCUACUUCCACUACUUUCCUUUUUCUUUUAGAAUAGAUUCCACUUACACUUAGCACUGACAAAGGUGCAGUGGAUCUAUUGUUUUGGGUAAUACACUCUCUCAUUCAAAUUCAAUCUUUUUUAUGUUGUAUAUGUGAUCUUCAUGGUUGGACCAAAAAAAAGAAAAAAAAGAAAAAAAAGAUGCAAUAAUAAUUUUAUUUGUCUGUUGUUCUCUAGACAAUAAAAACUGGUAAAAAUUUGUUGCCUUGGAGCGAGCUAUGUUGGUGGGCCAAUCAUGGUUGUGAUUGCACUGAAGUGUUCGAAAAUUGAAGUAGCAAUUGUUGAUAUUUCUACGCCAAGAGUCAAUGCUUGGAAUAGGUGAGCAGUUCCCAAUCUAUGAGCUUGGGCUUGAUGAAGUGGUGAAGGAGUGCAGAGAAAAGAACCUAUUUUUCAACAUAGAUGUGGAGAAGCAUGUAGCAGAAGUAGAUAUAGUCUUUGUUUCAGUCAACACGCCAACCAAAACACAAGGCCUUGGGGUUGGGAAAGUAGAUGAGUUAGGAUGCGUUUGAGAUUGCUGUGAGAUGUUAUGAAUAUAGUUAUAGUUAUAGUUAUGAUUGUAGCAGUAGCUAUAACUAUACUGAAUUGUGUUGUACUGUAACUAUAGGUGAAAGUUAUUUUGGCGUUUGAUUAUUCAUUUUUUAAAAGUAUCAUGGAUAAAAUAUGGUAAAAUUU